GGGGCCUAGGGCUGGAGGCGCCUCCGGUGGGUAGGUGGGUUCAGAGCGAGGGGACUACGGGUCGGCGUUGGGCUCACUGGGCUCGAAACAAAGGGGUCUCCGGUGGGGGACUGGGCGCCGCACCUUCUGACGGGUAACGGGGCUGCGGGCCGGCCAGCGCCGUCGCCGCCGGCUUCUUGCUCGGCUUCUCCUUGGUGCCGGACAGCCCGUACCGCGUUGUGUGGGUUGGGGGGGCCGGCGCAGCGGCACCUGCUGCUGAGGGAACCCCACGACCCGUCCAGGUGCUCAUGAUGGGGCUCAUCUUCGCUAAGCUGUGGAGCCUGUUCUGUAACCAAGAACACAAAGUCAUUAUAGUGGGACUGGAUAAUGCAGGGAAAACCACCAUUCUUUAUCAAUUCUUAAUGAAUGAAGUGGUUCAUACUUCCCCAACCAUAGGAAGCAAUGUUGAAGAAAUAGUUGUGAAAAACACUCAUUUUCUUAUGUGGGAUAUUGGUGGUCAGGAGUCCCUGCGGUCAUCCUGGAACACAUACUACUCAAACACAGAGUUCAUCAUUCUUGUGGUGGACAGCAUUGACAGGGAACGGCUAGCUAUUACAAAAGAAGAAUUAUACAGAAUGUUGGCUCAUGAGGAUUUAAGGAAGGCUGCAGUUCUUAUCUUUGCAAAUAAACAGGAUAUGAAAGGAUGCAUGACGGCAGCUGAAAUCUCCAAAUACCUCACCCUGAGUUCGAUUAAGGAUCACCCGUGGCAUAUCCAGUCCUGCUGUGCGUUAACAGGGGAGGGAUUAUGUCAAGGUCUGGAGUGGAUGACUUCCCGGAUCGGUGUGAGAUAACUUUUCUGCUUCAAAGAGACUGCUCUAUUUAUUCUGUGACAUGAACAUUUUUUCCUAGUACCUUUAGCUGCUAAGGCAGCAGCAUGUUUAAUUUAUAACAACACAAACCUCUAUGAGCAACACUUGAAUCAAGUGCAGCUGAACUGGACAUAAAAGAUGUUUUUCUUAACUUUUUUUUUUAAAUGCACUAAUAUUCAGUUGGAUGAAAAGUGUUACUCUGUUUUCUGCAACGGAAUUCUGACCGCUUAUUCUAAUUACUCAAUGUCUGCCUUGUAAGAAAUGUUUGUCAUAUGUUUAACAUUUUCUGAAACAUUGUUACAGCUUUAAUGACCAAUAUCUUUAAAUUCUUGACCACCACUCCCUCCUAACCAGAUAAUUACUGGUUUCACAGAGAAAUAGUGCAAACCAUCAUGUGCCACUUGCAAAACGCUCCGGCACUAAUUAUUUGCUCACUGUAUAAAACAUGUAUCUUUUGGGCAGAAUUUAUUAAAAGAAAUUUGCCUAGAAGGUAUUUGUAAGGAAGAUUAUAAACAUCAUGAGUACUUGCCUCCAAAUUUCCCCCACACUACUGGAAGUCAUGAAAUAAUUUUAAGUUGCUAUUACCCUGCAAAUUAAGUAAGCUGUUUUUUAAUGAAGUUCACCUUUACGCUUAUAACAUUUGGUCAGAAAUGAAUCAAAGUAAAAUAUUUAUUUGAAAGCCCAGCUUUAAUGAUAAAUAUUGGGUAUAUCUGAUAUUUUAAGAUUAUAUUACUCAAUGCAUAUGUUACUACCAGAAAUUAUUAAUACCAGCACUAAAAUUAGAAUGUUACACUUAGAGUAUAUUUUACUAUCAAUCUACAUACAGUUUUAUUAUCAGCAAAUCUUUCAGCUAUUUUACUUACGUAGGACAUCACAUCUGCUUUGGACCCUAACUAAAGCAGAAGUAUCAACAGUCCAUUUGAUUUCUUGAAAUUUAAAAUAGUAUCUGUCAGCAUUUCUGCCACCAGCAGUAUAAACUUCAGUCUGCUUGAGGAUGUUGUCCUUGACCGUGGACUUGAAACAGUUGCCAUCUUUGUACUUACACCUUUGUCCUAAAAUUUUAUAGGAAACUGCUGAGUUUCAUCCUAGCUUUUAUAAUAUGAGGCUGUCAUUUAAUUUUGGUUAAGAUUUACAAACUAAGAGACAAUUGAAAUGAAGGAGAAAUCCUAUUAUCUACUAAAAUUUUAUUUAUUGGACAGUAGGAAGUUGUCUAAUAUGAAAGAUAAUCUCAGCACAGUGUACUUGAAAUUAAGAUGGAGGAUAACUGUUAUAAUUUCAAUUCUGUUUAUCAAAAUUGUGUGAUUUGGUCUAAUGAAGGGGGUAAAAAUGCAUCCUUUAAGAAAACAGUGCUUCAUUUUUGUAGUAUUCCCUAGAAUCAAAAAUAAGAUUGUGUUCAUCAAAAAAAAUUCAAGACACCUGUUCAAAUGUGGUAUUUUAAUUUUUUUGUUUUUUUGAAUGUUGAUUUAAAUUGUACUCAUUUUUCAGGUUACUUGAUUUUUUAUAUUUAGUUGAAUUAAUCUAGUUGAAGUGAAUCUGCUCAAUGAUAGCAUAUGAUAAACGGCCAGAGGAAAAAUUUCUAGGCUUUGGGAAAUAUUGUUUUGCUUUGAAUGUUUUUCUACUUAUUCUUCUUUUCCAAGUAUAUAGUGUAAGUUUAAUUUAGUUUAGUUUUUAAUAUCACCCAUAAUCAAGAACAUGAGACAAAAGAAGAUACAAAUCAAUUUGGUUGCUUUGUGGUGUAUAUAAGUGGGGGGAAAUGCCAUAGGAAAUAGGAAAAUUCACUUAACUCAAGCACACUUUGCCUGAAGUUUUGUUUGGUUUAUUGUUUACUAUAAGAACCUAGGAUAAUUCUCAUAAGCUAUCUGGGAAAAAGCAUAUUUAGUGUUCCAGUGUUUGUUAUUGUAAAGUCAUUAUCUGCUUUCUUGUAGUUAGUAAGAUUGGCUGCCUCAGUUUUCUUCUAUCAAAAUGUUUUGGUUAUUAAUUUUUUGUAUUACCACAUCAGCAUUAUAUUAGAAAUGUUUUUUAAUAGUUGAUUGUAGUUUAUGGAAAAGCUAGUGUAUACUCAUACUUGAUAUUUAAUUUUUAAAAUACAAUUUAUUUUCCAAAAAAAAAAGGUAUUAGUUUUGGAUUAGAGUGAUUUAUGUUAGCCAUUUGUUGAAAGUGAAAUCGACAUUCAGGUGAACUUUGUGCCAAUGAGUGGGGAGCAUUUGAUUAAGACAUUUAAAAAGUAUUUUACAGGU